AUGGCUUCGGUAGUGUAUUACAGGUUUCUACAUCAAAAGAAUAAAAGCGUCAUUCAUUUUGACGGUACGGCAAUCAGUGUUUUUGAUUUGAAGAAGGAGAUUAUCAUUCAAAACCAACUUGGUGCCGGAACAGAUUUCAACUUGCGAUUAUAUCAUUCUGAACAACCGGACUUGGAGUAUGAGUUAGACAAUGAUAUUAUUUCUCGGUCAAGUUAUGUGCUAGCCAAGAGGUCACCUGCCUCAGCCAAAAUGGGCAAGUUCAACAAUGCUUCGCGGUAUAUCACUGGUAAACCACGAAUAAAUCGAAAAGUCUUCAAUAAUACCAAUGCCGCAUCCGGUACGGGUGCCUUAGGAGCCAGUGGAGGCUUAUCUGGAGCACCAAGCACAGUUUCUGCGGCACAGCUAGGCGAGAAUGCCACAGAAGAGGAUAGAAUCAAAUUGAUGUUUGAAAACCAGUCCACUGCAUGGGCACAUACACAAGAUGAAUUGGCACAACAUAAGAUGGUUUACUAUAAGCCCACGGCAGCGGCAGCUGCAAAUUCUUCAGGAUCCAAUCCUGAAGAUAAGCCACCGCCAGGAUAUAUAUGCUAUCGAUGUGGUAAAAAGGAUCAUUGGAUCAAAAACUGUCCAACAAAUAAUGACCCUAAUUUCGAGGGUAAAAAGAUUAUGAGAACAACGGGUAUUCCCAAGUCGUAUUUGAAGACAAUUUCCAGAGAAGAAGUCGAGAAGAACUCCAAUUUAUUUACAACAAACGAGCAUGGCGAUAUUAUAGAUAAGGAUGGUAAUGCCGUAUUGAUCACUGAGGAAGGUGAAUAUGCCAUUGCCAUGGCGGAUUCAAAGACAUGGAUGAGUUAUCAAGAGAAGUUGCAAAAUGCAGCAAAGAAAUCUAAACAAGAAUACGAGUCACGGUUAGUAGCGUCAGCAGAGCAAGAGAACAAGUUUGAGCUCUUGGAUUCCUUAUCGCCAACUAAAAGACUACUCCAGCCUCCAAUAUACAUGACUCCAUGCUGUACAGAUGCCAGUAAAUUGAAGAAAUUAAAGAAUUUCAAUCACAACCAACAGGAGUUGGAAAGGGUGUUAAUCGAGAAUGAUUUUCAUUGUCCCAACUGUGAUAAAGAGGAUGUAUACAUUGAUUCUUUAAUUCAGAACAAGGAGUUGGAAAAGCAGUUGCAGGAGUUUAAAGACGCCAAGGAGAAAGAAUUGGGUAUAAACGAUCCAAGCAAGAGACCAUUAACAGAUAUAAGUGGUAAUGGUGGUGACGUGGUAGAUCCCGAUAUUAUAGUAGACAAAAUUUUUCAACCACAAAUACUCGAUUUCAAUUUGUAUUUUGUUGAUGAGAAUAGACACAACGACUUGAAAUCAAUCAUGUUUUAG